AUGACUGGAACCAACGAUCAAGAAGUUGACCAGGUCAACCUUAAUAUGGAUGGCCUUUUAGGACAUCGGGCUCCAAUUCUGAAAGAAGCUGUUUGUGGGGAGAGCAUGGAAUGUCCUGUGCAGACAUUCAGCGAAUGGACCAUGGAUUAUACCUUUGAUCUUGACGGCGCACUUCCUGCGGAGAAACCGAGACGAGAUGGAAGCUUGUUGGGAAUGGUAGUGGCGAUGAAAUUAUUUGUGCAAAUGUUCGAUUGA